CGGCACCACGACGUUUCUAUUUGCGUCGGUCGCAGUGUCGGCAUUCGCGUGCUCUCGUACCACCGCAUCACGCGCCGGGAUCGCUUCAUCCUCGCGGCCACGCUAUCGUUUAGCAUCGGCAACCUGAUCGUGCCAAGUAUCGUCACGCACUUUUUUGACGGCCCAUACGUCGAGGAAUGGGACAAUCCACCCAAGCCGACCAGGUCGCGGCUCACGAAGUUCGCGAGUAGCGUCUUUGGUAGGGUGACUAUCAAGAUGGCGCUGUCUCCGCUGCAUCUGCUGCCCCUGGUUGGCAUUGUGAUCUCAGCAUGGCUUAGAGCUCUGGGCACGGGCCGUCAUCUUCAUCGUAAUUACUUCAAAGCCAAGAAGAUGACUGAGGACCAAAUUGCUGUAUUCAUAGAAGAGCGCAAGUGGGAUUACAGAGCAUUCGGUUUCGCUGCUGCUCUCCUCGAGGGCUUGCCUCUCGUGGGGCUGCUUUUCACAGUGUCGAACAGAAUCGGCGCCGCUAUGUGGGCCCAUGACCUGGAAAAGCGGCAGCAUUACGUCGCUCAAAUGAAAGCGCAGCGCGCUACCGUUCCACAUUCACUCGUAGAUUGA